AGGGUAUUAUUCAGAUCAUAAGAGGCUCCUUGACAACUCUUCCGGACUCUUCUUCCUAACCUGGCGUCUCUUUUUCCUAUUAGACGAGUCGCUCCCGUCACUUGAGUCUCUUCCAUCCAGCAAUUUAUUUACGUCCGUCACAACCGGAAGUGGAAGCCGUUCGAAGGAAAAAAAAUCCGUUUCUAAGGCAGUCAGGAAGGAAAAUCUCUUAUCAUAAAAGCCACCUGAAUACCGACAACUAUCUAUCUCGGAAUUUGAUAUCGCAAAUAUCGUGCGUUAUAUUUAUCCUUCAUGGCUGUGAUAUGGGGCUUGGACCUGCACGAAAUGCAGUGGUCCAAAUUCAAGUCGUCGUACAUGUUCAACAGGAUAUAUCAUUUACGGAGGGUCAAAAUGGUUAUAUACCAGAUCGCCAUGAUCCUUUGCGUCUGUUCCGAAUCAGUAGGCACGGCAGCCUUGUCCGAUUACGUCGACCAGCAAUCAUUCAUCGAGAAAAUGAACAAUUUAGCCGCAGAAUACAACGAUGAUUUUGUCGGAAUCGCUUCGUAUAAUAUCUUUGUGGGAAUUGCGGUUGCUACCAUUUUUGGAGCGGCGUUCUUCUUCGAUUUGUUUUGGCCGGAACGUCAUGAGAGUCGCUCGGUUCGUCUUUCUUGGAAGAUUUCCGCGGUAGCUGUUACCGUCAUGUGUUUUGCCGAUGCUAUUGCGAUGACGGUGAUCGUCGCUACCAGACACGCAUACAUCUCCGGCGUUGAUGCAGCUGAAGCAUCCCGGCUUUUGGAAGCGUCCAUUAAGAAUCCGAAUCUUUACUACCGCCACAAUCCUAAAUGCAUUGCUUCCGUCGUCCUUCUCUGGCCUGGCAUGAUUGCCACUAUCGGUAGCUGUUAUUUAUUGAUCGCCUCACAAAACCACAACGACAAGCAUGGCGUCUUCUCUCGAUAUGGCCGGGAGAAGCGAGACGCGGUACGGGAAGUCAAGGCGAAGACUCAGCCGACUGGGGUGAUAGACAGUGAAGAGACUGCUGUCUAAUCAGAAUGUUGAAUUAUCUUACCUCACCGUUUAGAGGCGCCUUUGGGGAUGAAUUUUUUUUUCUUUUUGGCUAUACGUACACCUGAUACCUUAUGCUAAUUUGCAUGUAUGGUGCAUUGGGCUUGAUGGAUUUGCUAGAACACCGUGACGUCUUUGGGGGGUUUUAAAAAAAAAAAAAAUAGCUUCUGCUUGCGUUCGUGGGUCUUAGUAAGGGUAAUGUAUUGAUAUCUAUAGAAUUUUUCUAUUGACUUAUGCAUAUUGCUAUAAACACGCGAUCAAAAUGAUAAUAAGAGCCGAUCAUAUACCAUUGAUCUGCUUCGCCUUAUCCCAAAUCAUAGACGAAGACACCCAUCUCACCAGUCUAGCAAUAGUGGUACUUGUGGUCUCAUUUCUAGGAAUAUCAUGACCGCCCUCAUGCUCAUAAAUCUUAGUAAUAUCCGGAUGACUGAGAGCAUGUAACUGAUGACCAGCCAAAUUCCUCGGAUCCUUGGCACCAACAACAUGCACAGUAGGAAUUCUGAUCUGAUACGGUCCGCGAACCAUCUGUACUAAUUCCUUGAUUGAGUAAUCGGUUAUAUCGUUAACAUCAUUCUGCCAUCGAUUCGAGCCCUGUGCCAGGAUAGCGGCUGUAUCAGCUCGGCGCGCGAGCGCCUUGCGCGACGCACGAUCAACUUCCCAUAAUUCCGCAUCAAUCGUGAAUCCAAACUCGGCUUCUAACUGUUUAAGUGACGGUCCACCGCAGAUAAAGAUUGCGAAUUUGAACGGCGGCGGGUCUUGAGGCGUUUCUUUAUAAUGCUCUAAUAGCAGACUAGCACCCAACGUGCAGCCCUGCGAGAACAUGAUGACCCCGUCGUAGGGCCCGUUUUGUUUAAGAUAGAUUUUUAGUCUUUCGCGCGCUUUUGUCAUGUCUUCCAGCGUUGGGUCGGCGGGCCACCAUUGGUAAUAUGGAGGGUUGUAGAAGAGUUCUAUGCCCGCUGCUGGACCCGAGUCGAGGGGUCCGUUGGCGAAGUCGAAGUCGAAUUCGUCGCCAUCUCCGGUUUGGUCGUGUUGUUGUUGUUGUUGUUGGAGGAAGCGGCGGAAGGAUG